AUGCUGAAAACAGAGCCUGAGGAAUGCAUUCCAUCUUUCAACGAUUUACAGCCAGGCUAUAACCCCCAAGAUACUCAAAACUAUCGCAAUGAGAAAGUCUCUAAUAACCCACUUUUUUCUCCAACUGAGAAUUUCGCUGAGAAAGCACAAAAGUUAAUCAUGGAAGAAGAGAAAGCGAAAAUAGUGCCCGAAACCGUACACCCUGACCAAGAAAUUGCGUUCUUGAAUGAUUCAUUCGGCUCAGAUCCGAAUCUUAUCUCCAACCAGACCAAAGAGAGUGGUACUAAAAUGAAGUUGAAAAAGAAGAAAAAAAUCUCCAAGAAGAAGCGGUUUAUCAAGAGUCCUUCUCGAUCAAAAACUCCAAAAUAAACCCAAGAGUCCAUCAAUUUCUUCCCGAAAUUUUAGCACAAAGAAGAGUAGGAGUAAGAGUCCUCUGGUGAAAAGGAAGAAUAAGAUAUCUAAAAAGUCUUUUCUUAGUACAACCCAGCCAGGAUCACACUUGUUCCAAUACUCUUCCAGAGUUGGCAAUGAAAUGCUCGAUUCGGAGAUAAAGAGAUGGGAACAGCUUUAUUCCAUGAGCUUUGAUAAAUCUCAUGAGAGGGACAAGCAUUUCUUACAAAAUAUUGCCCAUAAGAGGACUAAAGAAAUGCAGAACUGCACUUUUCAACCCAAUAUUGGCGUUUUAAAACCGACCAGGAAGAAGAGGGCUAAAAGUAAGCUCUUUAGUAGGAAAUCAACUUCUCCAAUUACCCCAAGAGCUAGGUCGAGAAAUCCCAGCCAAAGUUUAUUAAAUUCAAAAGCUGAAAGUAGUAUCUCUAUGCCUAAGAGAAAGAAGAGGAAUCGUACUCCAGCAUUCAGCCAAACAAUGGCAAGUCCUAGAAUCAGACCUUAUGAUUCGCAUACUGUUGAUGAUUCUGUCUCAGUGAUAGAGUCAAGCGGGGUUUAUCAAUACCUGGAACGUCAAUACAGAGCCCACCUGGAGAAAGAAAGAGUCAACAAACUUAAAGACUCUGGCUUUACUUACCGAAAAUGAGAUUUCAAAGAUUUUCCUGAGCUAUUUCCCCAAGACAAUAAACUACCUAUCAAAAAUAAGCCACCUAAAAAGACCAAAAAGAAGACAAAGAAAUACCUAACCGCCUCGCAAACCCUUACAGUUCCUUCUAAAUCAGAGUGGAAUGAAGGAAACUUGAGAAGCCAGGAUACUGAUGAGGAAGAAGAAGCAUGGAUUUAGAAUCAGUUUAUGCAAUUUUUAAGGUUUCCAGCCAGACGUUCGAAUUG